AUGGAGGAAGCCGACCAAUUGCAAUCCCAUUUAAGGCGAGCACUAGGGAAUCUGAGCCUGCUGAGCCCGGAAGCCACAACGCAAAGUAUUCUGGUAGAACUCUCCAUCGCUGGAACUCCUGCACAAAUCCUCGAGGAGUUCAAGGAUAUCGUCGCAUCUUUGCCUGCACAGUUCCGCGUCGAGAUCGUGGACGCGUAUGAAUCCACGUCAGUGCUUUUCCUCCUGCGCAUGUCCCAACCGGCACAUUUACGGUUGUCGUCAACGCUUGACUUUCGCACUAUUGAAAAAAUUUAUGGUGCAUCUUUGAUGAGGCCAGCUUCUCUGCCUGUUCUGGUGGCCAAAGAGAAUGUUCGGCCUAGCCCCCAGAUGUGA